AGUCGCGGAGCUGCGACUGAACGCCCCGCGCGGAAAGGGAAUUCCCCGGGACCCCGGACCCCCUGCCCGCACCGCAGUGGCUUCUCGGAUAGGAAACUUUCCUCCCUUGGCCUGAUGGACUCGACCUGGGUGGAACAGACGGCUGUUGGUAUUGAAAUCCCUUCCGAAUCACGUACUGGUGGCCAGCUAAUGACAUCCCCUCGGGUUACUGAAAAAAUACAAGAAGAUGGAACCCCAAAAUUUGUAAAUGGAAAAAAAUGGGACAAACUUUUUCAGGAAGAACUAAAGAUGGCUGAAUUUUUAGAUGACCAGGACACUCAACUGUGUGACAAUUGCAAAAAAGAGAUUCCUGUGUUUAAUUUUACCAUCCAUGAGAUCCACUGUCAAAGGAACAUUGGUAUGUGUCCUGUCUGCAAGGAACCAUUUCCUAAAUCUGACAUGGAGAGUCACAUGGCUACAGAACAUUGUCAGGUGACCUGCAAAUGUAAUAAGAAGUUGGAGAAGAGGCAGUUAAAGAAGCAUGAGGAGACUGAAUGUCCUCUACGGCUUGCCCUUUGCCAGCACUGUGAUUUGGAACUUUCUGUUCUCAAAUUGAAGGACCAUGAAGAUUACUGUGGUGCCCGGACGGAGCUUUGUGGCAGUUGUGGGCGCAAUGUCCUGGUGAAAGAUCUGAAAACUCAUCCUGAAGUUUGUGGGAGAUUUGGGGAGGAAAAGAAAGAUGAGGUUGCCAUGCCUCCUAAUGCAUAUGAUGAGUCCUGGGGUCAAGAUGGAAUCUGGAUUGCAUCCCAGCUCCUCAGGCAAAUUGAGGCUCUGGACCCACCUAUGAGGCUUCCCCGAAGACCCAUGAGAGCCUUUGAAUCAGACCUUUUCCAUAGUAGGACUACCAACCAAAGGAACAUGACAGCCCAGUUUCCAAUUCAGAAUAAUCUAUUGGAAGAACAAGAAAGACAGGAAAAGAAUAGAACCCGACAAGCCUCAAAAGAGAGUGGUGAAGACAGUGCAAACUUGGACUUUAUGUUGGCCCUAAGUCUGCAAAAUGAAGGGCAGGCCCGCAAUGUGGCAGAGCAGGACUUCUGGAGGGCUGUAUGUGGUGCAGAGCAGUCCUUUGAAGGUUCCAAUGCUCUGAAUGACAUGAAGGGUGCAGCUGACCGGACCAUGUUGCCUUGUGAAUUUUGUGAGGAGCUCUACCCAGAGGAACUGCUGAUUGACCAUCAGACAAGCUGUAAUCCUUCCUGUGCCUUACCUUCACUCAAUAUGGGCAGCACUUCCCCCAAAGGUGUGGAGGACCCUGAUGUCAUCUUCCAGAAGUUUUUGCAACAGGCUGCGAAUAAUCAGUUAGACUCUUUGAUGGGCCUGAGCAGUUCACCCCCUGUGAAGGAUAGUAUCAUCAUUCCAUGUGAAUUCUGUGGAGUACAGCUGGAGGAGGAGGUGCUGUUCCAUCACCAGGACCAGUGUGACCAGCGCCCAGCCACAGCAAACAACCAUGUGACAGAGGGGAUUCCUAGACAGGAUUUCCAGCCUCCAGAGACCUCACCAGACCUGCCCAAGAGGCGUGUCAGACACCAGGGAGACCUAUCUUCUGGUUACAUGGAUGAUAUCAAGCAGGAAACAGCUAACGGGCCCACCUACCCUCUUCCCCCCAGCAGACCCAUUAAUAAUAUGACAGCUACUUGUAACCGACUGUCAACAUCCACAUCAGGCCCCAGACCUGGGUGCCAGCCUAGCCCUCCUCGCAUACUGAAGCUCAACAACUUAGACAGCCAGGAUAGCCGGGGACGCAAUCGAAACAGCCAUAAUGCGGCCAUGGUCACCGGACAUGUUCCAGUGAUUCAUCCGGGGCGAAAUCUCUACCCAGAAAACCUUGUACCCUCCUUCCCCCGUGCGCCCUCAGGGAGAUACGGAGUAAGUGGUAGGAAUGAAGGUGGCAGGAACUCGCGGGUCACCUCCACAACCGCCAACUACCGCAACAGAACUGCAAAGGCAAAACCCCCCAAGCAACAGGGAGCUGGAGAUGCAGAGGAGGAAGAAGAGGAGGAGUAAUGGUGUUGCAGAGAACCUGCACAGUGGUUUCAUCUUCUCUGCAGAACAGCACUUGCGUGGUUCAGGCCCCACCUCUUGGGCUCUAUGGGCAGGGGAGGUUUUACAGAUUUUAACUUUUUCUAGGUUAUGGCCAUUUUGUGUCUUUUGAGAUUGUGGGAGUUUGAGGGUUCGGGGGGAGGGUUAGCAGGGAGGCUGUUGAGAAAUGUUUCAUCUUUAGCUGCUGCCUUUUGGCUGCACAGAAAUAUAAGUUAUGACCUCUCAGCCACCAGGGUUCCAUCUUUUGACAUACUAUUACCACUGCUUCUUGGUGCUGUGAAGUCCUGGUGGAAAGAGGAGAGAGAAUUCUGGAAACCUGGUACUACUCACCAGUGUAGUGAUUCUCUUCCCUGCUGGGGCCUCAAUUUGGGAACUUUUAGGUAACCUCUCCUGUGUACUGCCCCUCCCCAGUCUAGAAUUUGGGCCUCUAAUAUGUAUGGAGGCACUCUGGUACAGUGUUCAGGCCAGUUGCAAUAUAUGUUAGGAAAAGGCUUUGGAAAUGAGUUGAGCUAGAGGUGAGUGCACUAGUGGCUUUGUUUUAAUCUGCUUCUUUGGCAUUUGGCAUAACUGCCUCCUGUUUCUGGUGGGAGCACAGCUCCUUUGUCUUUACUGUCUUCUGAUAGAGAAGGCUGGGGGCUCCCUGUUGCCACGAGGGCCACACUGGGCUCUGCCCAGAUCAGGACUGAGGCCUAAGCUUCCAUGGCUUGGCAUAACUGCCUCCUGUUUCUGGUGGGAGCACAGCUCCUUUGUCUUUACUGUCUUCUGAUGGAGGAGGCUGGGGGCUCCCUGUUGCCACGAGGGCCACACUGGGCUCUGCCCAGAUCAGGACUGAGGCCUAAGCUCCAUGGCUUGCUCUGAAAGCCAAGUAUCAGAGCCCCCAUCCCCUCUUUUUAUUUUACUACUACUACUACCAUUAUUAUUAUUAUUAUUAUUAUUAUUAUUAUUAUUAUUAACAUACUUGUAAUAGAAAUAAAGUUUGUACUUGUUCAGCUGA